GUUAUUCUCUUCUCGGUUAAGUCUUUUUUUUUUUGUGAGUGAGAAGUUAAAUCGACGCCUUCUCGUUCGUUUUCACCGCCAUGGAAAUACAGAGAGCAAAAAAGAAAAUCAAGAUCUCCGAUGAUCUCAUAACAUGCAGACCAAUCUCAGUUCAGAUUCCAUCUGAUCUCAUCCCAGAGUUACUUAAAGAGUUACCUGUUAAAACCCUAGCUAGGUUCAUGUCCGUUUCGAAAGACUUCGGUUCCAUCAUUCGCAACCGAGACUUCAUGAAGUUGUACUUACGCAAGUCUUCGUCUCGUCCGCAAAGUCUCAUCUUCACAAUCGAAGGCAAGGAAUCAGGGAAGCAUUUCUUCUUCUCCUUGCUUCAGUCCCAAGAUCAAGGUGAAUCAUCAUCUCCUGUUGUAACUUAUCUUAUGAAUUGUCGUGCUCUACCGUACACAACCAUUGCUCCCUCUGUUCACGGUUUGGUUUGCCAUGGACUUCCUUCUGGACUUAUUGUGUCUAACCCUAGCACUAGACGGUCCAUUACUCUGCCCAAGAUUGAUACUCGGAGUAUAUCUAUGUACCACCACUUGGGUUAUGAUCCUAUCAGUGGUGAUUACAAAGUGUUGUGUAUGGUGAAAGGCAAGCAUGGUGGUUGGGGACGCCACUUGGCUAAUGAGCUUCGGGUCUUGACUUUGGGAAAGGGGAAUUUUUGGAGGAUGGUUGAAGACUUCCCUCCUCACUGUCUUUGUACUCAUGAGACUCCUGAUAUAUGUAUCAACGGUGUUUUGUAUUAUGUAGCUUUGCUAGAUACAGCGGUGAGUCAUGCGGUUAUGAGUUUUGAUGUUAGAACUGAAAAGUUUCAUCUCAUAGAAGGACCAGACCCUAAUGUGCGUCCGAAGGUGACCCGCUACGAGGGAAAGCCUGCACUCUUGUUUGCUGGGAUAGCUGAUUGUAGACUUAACUUGUGGGUUCUGGAGGAUGCUGCAAAACAUGAAUGGUCCAAGAUGUCUUAUGUUUCGACUACAGUUGCUUGCGAUGCUCACUUCUUCCACCAUAUCUUUUGUGCUAAUGAUGCAGGGGAGAUUGUUAUGGCACCUGAGUCCGUGUGUUCAUCAAAACCAUUUGAAGUUCUUUACUAUCAUCCAAGGAAAAAGACUAUGAGAAGUGUCCUCGUGGAAGGGUUCAGUGAACGUAAGGUUCCAUUUUGGGAUAAGGAUCCAUGUCAUAACAUAAUCUCUGUCUUCUCUGGUCAGCUUGAUAAUUUAAUGUUUCUCUAGCUAAAAAUGCCCUCAUGACCUCCUCUGUAAUGUUUGGUUCUUCAGCUUAAGUUGUGUUUCAUCUGGUCAGCUUGAUGAUCUUUUGUCUUCUCUUUUUUCCUUGUGACGGUCAGUUUAUGUUUCAUAGUUUUGGAAUGUAUGUAAUAUGUAGCCAUUAUGUUUUGAACUUGGGCAUCAAUAUGCUCUUCUGAUAUAAAAUACCUUUUGCAUAUAUAUAUAA